UCACCUCCUAACUAUUGAGUGGGAGAGUAAGGGGGGGAAUGAGAGGGAGGGAGAGAGAGAGAGAGUGAAAGAAGGAGAGAGGGAGGGGGCAAAUAUAUAGGAGUUACAGGCAGAGUUUGAAAAGCCACAGAGCGCUUAUGGCUGAGUAGUGGAGACAGUGAUGAGAGACCGCGAACUCUCACACACACAUAGACCCUCACUGUCCGUCUCUCUAUCUUUUUCUCUUCUCUCUCUCUCUCUCUCUCUCUCAUUCACUCACACACACACACACACACACACACGCAUACUUAGUCACAUAGGGUGACAGUAUUUCCUUUCCUUUCGUCACCAUGCUGAGAGAGCAGAAGAGCCAUCAGUUGUGCGAGAGCAGCGCAGAUUCAGCCACAGACGCAGCUUCAGCCACAGCCAGAGCCACAGCCAGAGCCACUCUCCCAGCCGGGGCAGAGAGAGACGGGGGGCGAUGAUGAGCUGACCAGGGGGUGCCACUUCUCCACCACUGAGAGAGGGAACGCAGUGCACAGCAGCACAGCGCAGCACAGAGCGGUGCAGCAGAGGACGAGACGAGAGGCAGCGCCGCCCACCCAUCCACCCCAACCACCCACCCACCCACCCGUCCGCCGAGGGGGAGCGGGAGACAGAGAGGGACACACAGCUCCAGCAGCUCCUCCGGCAUCUGCAUUCACAGGAUUCACCGACAGCCCUCCCACCACGCACACACACACACACAUACUCCCAUGUGUGUGUGAGCACACACACAAACACACACACACCUGUGAGUGAGCAGACAUGCACACAAAUACAAACCAGUAGACAUGCCAGGAAUAGAAAGAUACGCUGGUGGAUUUUUCUUCAUGUGAUAGACUUUUUCCUCCUUUUUUUUCUUCAUUGCCUUUUUUCAGAAGGAAUGAGAAAGAAAAGAUCCUUUUGAGGAUUUCACCUAAAGUUACUUUUUUGGGAAGAUUUGUUUCUUCUGGAUUCUUUGAAUCUGUCAGAAGCACAACAAAGUGAUAUCUGCGUCUGCUGGCGGGGUGAAAAAAAAACACGAUUAGUCCAGGCACUUCAGCGACGUCUACCCUCUAACUGGAUUAUGUGGAGGAUAUUUUGGACUUUCUCUUUUAGCUUAAAGAAAUUUCCGUGACCGGUGGAUUUGGCACUUCAGUACAAGGACGGAUCCUUUGUGCUUUCUCCCACCCUCUCCCAUGGAUUACCGCUGGGCUUUGGGCUCAGAGAACUCUCUUAUGGAACGCUGCUCACGGCUUGUCAUUAGGGAGAAUUGUAAAGACUGGGAAAACUAGUGUAACCAACCUGGAGGUGUGCCAUCAUGGCAGAGGCGGCAGUGGCGUUGGCAGCAGCGGGGACCGCCGCCUGAGCCCCCCCCCCCCCUUUGCCCGCAGCCCCCGAGGAGCCUCCGCCGAGCGGGCGACCGGUGGCCGGAAGCCCAAGGGGCACGGACCCAAGGCGGCCCCCAUCAGGAUGGUGCCGCCACCCCCCACCAACAAGCCCCACGUGUGCCUGUCCACCAUCCUCAUCAUGAGUAGCAUGGCCCUGAUGGACGCCUACCUGGUGGAGCAGAACCACGGCCCGCGCAAGAUCGGCAUUUGCAUCAUGGUGACGGUCGGUGACCUGUGCUUCCUGAUCGUGCUGCGCUACGUGGCGGUGUGGGUGGGCGCCGAGGUGCGCACGGCCAAGCGCGGCUACGCCAUGAUCCUCUGGUUCCUCUACAUCUUCGUGCUGGAGAUCAAGGUCUACUUCAUCUACCAGAACUACAAAGCCGACCGCAAGAGCCUGGACGCGCUGGCCCGCAAGGCCCUCACCCUGGUGCUGUCCAUCUGCAUCCCCGUGCUCUUCAUCAUCCUGGUGGCCAUCGACCACAUGGAGUACGUGCGCGCCUUCAAGAAGCGCGAGGAGAUCCGCAACCGCCUCUUCUGGGUGGUGGUGGACCUGCUGGACGUGCUGGACAUCCAGGCCAACCUGUGGGAGCCGCAGAAGAAGGGCCUCCCGCUGUGGGCCGAGGGGCUCAUGUUCUUCUACUGCUACAUCCUGCUGCUGGUGCUGCCCUGCGUGUCGCUGAGCGAGAUCAGCAUGCAGGGCAUCAACAUCGUGCCGCACAAGAUGAUGCUCUACCCCAUCCUGAGCCUCGUCACCAUCAACGUGGUGACGCUGUUCAUCCGCGGCAGCAACAUGCUGCUGUACAAGGACAACCGCGUGUCAGCGAUCCUCAUAGGCAAGAACGUGCUGGCUAUCAUCCUCAAGACGUGCAGCUUCGUGCAGUACCGGAGGCAGAUGCAGAGCGCGCCGCCGCCGUUUGGCAUCGAGCUGCAGAAGAACGCCGGGCCCAAGGGUCGGCCCGUGCAGGUGGUGCCGCCCCCGCAGGUGAUCAUGCAGGGCCAGACGCCUCUCCCCGAGGUGACCCCCUGUGAGCACACAUGAUGCACACACAGAGGCUCAGUGAUCCAAUGCAGAUCACAAAACUUUGAUCCUUCUGUGCGUUUUCUCAUGGAUAUAUAUUAACAUAGAAACCAGACUAAAGGAUUCAAAAUGGUGCAAUGACACAUGCACUGAUUGCUAUAGAUCGCUGUAGAAAACAAGGUGCCCUUGGAAAGAAAUGGUUGAACCCGUGGAGAUUCCUGUGACGUGACUCAGACUCAUAAACCUCUAUUGCAUUUACUGGAUUACGUAUUUUUUCUAAUCAGAAAAAAAUUAGAGCAAAUGCAGAUUUAUACUUAUAUUUUUAAACAGUGUGUGGUGAGUAAUGAAAUGGGAAAAAAAAGCUUUGUUGUGCCGUUUUAUUUUAUUUUUUAAAACACAUGCCUCUUCUGUGCUAAAGAAGAGACUGUGUCUUUGUGGUUUCAAAAGAAAACAUAUUUAAUAACACAAUAUGAAGAUUAAAAAAAUCUCUAUACAAAAGAUUUUUAGCAAGAGGAAAUUGUGUUUUCUAUGUGACCUUUGAUAAAGUCUUGUGUUUAU